GUGCGCGCGCUGACUUCAAACUGGGCUCACGGGCGCUGUUAGGCUACGAGGAAAACUAAGUUUUCUGAAGCGGAGGCGAGCCGAUUAGUUAAACGACGAAUUCAGUGCAAUCCAAGUUGACACCAGUAAGCUUCGCAGUCGUUCAUUAAUGUUCUUCUUUCCGGGCUCUUUGUUAAUCGUAUCCAAGUGCUUUGGUUAGAUCUAUUGUGCGCAAAAGUGCAGGGGCGAAUCGCAAAUUGGUAGCGGCUUACGUAUUUCCUUUGUGAUCUCUGCCGAUAUCGAUGAAAACUAUUAUGUGACACUUAAAUUUAUUCCACAUAACAUCUUGAUGUUGCGAGAAUGACUCGAUUUGUAAUCGCGAAGCUUUCAUUUUUUCGUGCAUCCCAAUUUCACGUCAUCUGUCGCCGUUUGCGUUCGACACGUCAAGGUCCCUCGGGCCUUCUUUAGACUUUUCCUCUUCAUCGCUAAUCAAUUAGAUCCAUCUGCUUCACGUUAAUUCGGCGGUAAGCGUGACGCUUUUGGUUGUUUUUAAUACGCUCCGCUCAUGGUUUGACUAUAUUGAUCAGAGCCAUCUGUCAAUAUUCCCGUGAAUUUGCGCGGAGGCUACCUUUGACAUGUACGGCUUGCUUUUGGAGAAUUUUCGCAGUGUCUUGCUAGAGAAAUAUGGUGAAACGGUGUGGAACAAAAUUGUGGAGAAGUCUGGAACACGGCAUCAUACAUUUGCCACUCACAAGGUAUAUUCCGAGGAUAUCAUGGUACGUCUUGUACAAGCAGCUCUGGAAGUAACGAAUGCAAGCAGAGAAACACUUACCGAAGAAAUCGGCCUUCAUUUUCUCGGAUUCAUAGGUCAGUACGGUUACGACAGGAUUUUGAAAGUCCUCGGCCGGCACAUGAGAGAUUUCCUAAAUGGUCUGGAUAAUCUCCACGAGUACUUGCGGUUCACUUACCCGAAGCUAAAAGCACCGUCGUUUUUCUGUGAAAAUGAGACAGAGAGUGGCCUCACGUUACAUUAUCGAUCCUCAAGGAAAGGGUUUCUGUAUUACGUGAUUGGCCAGAUAAAAGCAGUCGGUCAAUUCUUCUACCACAUUGAAGUGGACGUCGAAGUGUUGGAGUACAAUGAAAACAAAGAAGGCAGUUACGCCUUGUUUCAACUCACAUUCGACAACAGUGUUUAUAUGGAAACACGUCGACGACCUAAACGUCACUCUGUCAUAUCCCUCAAUGGCGACACCGGCAGCUUGAAGAUACCGAUGGAAAUUUUCUACGAGGUUUUUCCAUUUCACAUUGUCUUUGAUCGAGACAUGGCAAUUUCCAGCACUGGAAAUAGCUUGGAAGCUAUAUUGCCCGCUCUUCCUGGAAAAACUAUUGUCUCACAGUUCACACUCGUUCGACCUUUCGUCCAUUUUACAUGGGAAAACGUUACAUUGCAUACAAAUGUGGUAUUUGAAUUACAGUCCAUCAAGCCUGUGUUACAGAAUAGUGCUGCUUUUGUGGAGAAUGGUGCAAAUGGAGAAAUGGUUUUAAAUGGAACUGAUAAAGGUGUCUCCAAUGAAUUAUGUUAUAUCCAUCUUAAGGGACAGAUGCUGUAUAUGGAAGACUGGCAAUCAAUGGUAUACCUUGCUACUCCGAUCAUUGAAAAGUUGGAUGUGAUGUGCUCCCUUGGAUUGUACAUCAAUGACCUGAGCAUGCACGACUCAAGCAGAGACCUUGUGCUUGCUGGAACACAGCAGUCAGCAGAACUCAGGCUGGCUCUUGAUCAGGAAUUGAUCAAAAGUGCAAAGCUUGAGGAGAGCAUGAAGGAACUGGACAUUGAGAAGAGGCGCACUGACUCACUGCUCUAUCAAAUGAUCCCCAGAACAGUUGCAGAUCGCCUCAGGCAGGGUGAACCAGCUCUGAAUACUUGCGAGAUGUUCCAUGAUGUGUCUGUGCUGUUCAGUGAUGUGGUUGGAUUUACACACAUUUGUUCACUUAUUAGCCCCAUGGAAGUGGUGACCAUGUUGAACAAUAUGUACACUGUGUUUGACCAGAUCAGUGAGCAGCAUAAUGUCUACAAAGUGGAGACAAUUGGUGAUGCAUACAUGGUGGUGAGUGGUGUCCCUGAAAGGAGUAUGUAUCAUGCAGAACAUGUUGCAGACCUUGCACUGGAUAUGAUAGCUGCCAUGCCAACACUCGGUGAUCCAUCAAAAUCAAGUGAAUACCUUAAGAUAAGGAUAGGUGUACAUACUGGUAUGGUUGUAGCAGGUGUUGUUGGUUUGAAAAUGCCCCGGUAUUGUUUGUUUGGUGACACUGUCAACACUGCUUCUAGGAUGGAGUCUACAGGAUUGGCCAUGAAAAUUCAUGUUAGUGAGACAACUUACAGUUGUUUACAAGCUGCUAACUAUCUCAUGAAGCAAAGAGGGAGUAUUGAUAUCAAGGGAAAGGGAGGAAUGAAGACUUUCUGGCUUGUUGGUAAGAAAGAUGGAGGAGAAGCGGUCCAGUCUUAUAUGUCUAUGGUGGGAGGCCACACUACUGCAAUUGGGGGACACCAUCAGGGGGAAAUGUCUCAUGCUACCAUGGGGAGCCAUACUUUUCAGCCCAAGGCUGAUUCUGUGCCUGAAGAGGAGGAACUCAUUGAAACAGAAGAUGAUGUAGUGAUACCACAGAAAGACUGUCCAGUUGCCUACUAUGGUCAUGUUCCUCACACACCACACAGCUCUAAUAAUGGAGUUCUCUUCCAAUGGGAAAAGGUCAAUUUUAAAGAAGAUACUUUAAUAGAGGUAGACAAUCCUGCUAUGGAAGAGAAACAAAACAAAUCAGACAUGAAAAAUGGACCAAAUACCCAGAAGGAAGUAAAGGCCAACAAUUCCAAUUCGACACUAACCACCAUGUGCAGUCUUUUCUAAAUUAUCACUGGUUGGUAACUAAUUUUAUCUGUACACUUAUAAUUUUAUUAAUAGGUGCUUACAGCACAAUAGUUGGAGUCACAUGUAAUGUUGAAACAUGCACAAUUACUACUAGCCUGAAGAGAACCAUCAAAUCUCUCUUUCACUUUCUGACCAAAGUUAUCAGAAUAGAUGAAAGGGGAACUUGGAUGUUGAAGGAUUUGAUAGUUUGGCAUGAAUUAGAAACGAACAACUUGAACAAAACUCUGAGGCAGCUUGGAUUUUUAUAGAUACAGAAACUGUGGCAUGGCUCAGGAAGAAUCUUGAUUAAUUUUUUGCACAGCAAUAUUUAUUAAACUUGUCUUGAGUGAAAAAAGGGUGGGUGGAGCUAACAUGGAAGGAGGGGUCAUUAACUUAACAUACAAGCAGCCUUGUACAUUGACCUUUAAUGUUGUUAAAUGCCUUGAUUGUCGUUAGACAUGAUUUACAUGUUCAAGGUAAUGUUCCUUUAUAAAAUGUUUUUAAAAAAAUAGUUACAGUACUGGAUAGGAGACAUAAGGGCCUAAUAAUUGGCAGGGCUGGCAAUCUGUCGGCUAGCUGGUUAGAUGCAAAUUUGAGACUUACGCCUGUCUCACUGUGUUGUGUUCUAAGGCAAGAGUCUUAACUUUCACAGUGCGUCUCCUAAGCAGGAUUGCUAACCCUUUAACCCCUAAGAGUUACUAGCAUCUAAUUUCUCCCUACAAUAUCACCUCUGAAUCAUACAUUAAGGUCAUGAGAAUAAAGGAAAUGAUCACCAACCAAAUAGGCCCAUGAUUGUUAAACAAAUUCUCCUUGUUAGCACCUUAAGAAAUGUAUAGAGAACAGUAUGGAGAAUAUCCAUACUGAUUUUAGGGUGUAAAGGGUUAACAAAAUUGUAGGCACAGCUGAACUGAAAAUGAACUUGACAAAAUACUGAGAGUAGCCUGAAGUGAUAUGGAUGAGGUCCCAUCCACAAGGAUUAGAAGUGUAUCAUAGGAUGCCACAGAAAUCAAGUUGAACUCAGGACAUGGGCUGCUUUGUGUGUUUAUAACUUGGUUUAUCAUAAAUGCUUUUACUGGAUGAUUCAUGUCUUCCAGCUUAAGCGACCUAUUGUAAAUUUGUUCUUAAGGGUCGACUUUGAUCAAUUUAAAAGGAUUUUAAUCAUUAUGCUAUUUCUAAUUAUGCAGAGAUAUGUUAUAUUACAUAGGGGGUAAUUAGUCACUACAGAUUAGAUCAGUGAUCUUUUAUGAACAAGAUAUUUCUUAAUAUAUAUUAAAAAAGGGCUGGUUGAUCCACCAAAAGAUUACUACACCAUAAAAUUCAUAGCACAAUAAAAAAUUUAAAGAGAAAUUAUUGUGAGCUAGGCUCAGAAAAUAAAUUAUCAAAUAUGCACAUUUCCUGAGGAAUACUACUUUAUAUCUGAUGUUAUAAUACAGUAGCCUAUGAAAACUGGGAUUGUUUCAGAGCAUUAAGUCAAUAUACAAUAACGUGAGAAGUUAAGAUGAUAACCCAAUAUCUGCUGCAGAUAUUGGUUUAUCACGUCGAGUUCAAAGUCUA